UCAAAGGCAGGCAGGCAGCCAUUGAUAAUCAGUCAUGGCCACGUCAUCAUCUUCGUCUACCUCCAUCCUUCUUCUGCACAUCAAUCACCACUCCAUUUCCAAUUCCUCAAGUCCAACACCGCAAAUCGGAGCUCGAUUCCCGGCGUACUACAGCGGCGGAAGCAAUUUCAGGCAUCUGCAGACAUAUUCCGAUCGGCUCAGAACUUUCACAAAACCAAACCCAAGGUGUUCAACCGCGAGGAUAAAUGCCUCUAAAGACGACGCCGUUUCCAGUCUCUUCGGUUCCUUCCCAUCCCUACCAGAUAUCCUUGACAUACCAGCAGCGAUUUUGCAGAAUCCAUGGGUACCUGGAAUUGCAGGAUUUGUGGUGGCGGCGCCGUGGGUGAUUAAAAAACUGUUGUUGUUAUCAGAGAAGGUUGACAGCGCGGCGGAGGUGGUGGAGAGAAUAGCGGAGAGGGUGGUGGAAGCGGCGGAGGAAGUGGAGAAGGCGGCGGAGGAUUUGGAGGAGUCGCUGCCGGCGGGAGGGCUGAGAAGGAUGGUUAGUUUUGUGGAAGAUUUGGCUGAGGAUACUGCAGAAGGUGCCAAGAAAGUUUCACAUAUGAUGGACAAGGUGGAUGAAAUGACGGAUAAAUUACAAGAUCAUUUUGAUGAUUUUGAGCCUGAAAUCGACCCCAUGCCUCAAUUACCCGCAAAAGUGAAGUAUGUUGAGCCUGGCAGCCGCCGGCCGGUGGCUUAUUCUACAUCAGCCGCCGAGCCUUCCUCGCCGGAAUGUGAAAUUUGCCGGUUUCUCAAAUUAUUUGAUUUUUAAAUUGAAAAUCGGAGGAAGAGAAAGUGAAAGAGGGUUAAAGGAAACAACAUUAUCGGAUUCAAAUUGAGAAUAUAAUGUUAGUAUUAUUAAUUUGUAAUUUCUUUUCGAGUAAAUAUAUCUAAUUUAGUUUAAUUUAAUUUUGUAAUAUUUGUUUCGAGUAAAUAAAGUAUAAAUUUUUAUUUUUUUUUA